GGCUGCAGACAUGCUGGUGAUCAUCAAUCAACUGGUUGCCUGUUAAACGACGCACCCGCUUACAGUGGAUGACGAAGAUCUAGUACCCUGGACACAACAGUGGACACAUAUUGGACGUGGCCCAUCACUCUUCCAGCUGCAUCAAGACAUGCUAUCACCUGCCAACCUGGAUGAAAUCAAGGAACGCAUUAGCAAAAAUGAAGAAAAAAUUAAUGUCCUGCAGGCUAUCAACAAUGUACUGAAGGAGCGUCACGAGAUCGAAUCCAACUACAAAAAUCUAGCGCUCAAGUUCAAGGAGAUGCAGGAAGAGGAGGCGCUCCGUCGCGCGAAGGUAUGUAGUUUUGAUGAAGCGCGCAAAAAGCAGCUGGCCGAACUGCAGGCAAAGGGCGAAGCGCUCUGCCGGGAGAAGGCAAAACUCCAACAUCAAAUCGAGCACGUCACCUGGCAUCUGGAGGGAUGCCGUAGGCGUCGCCCAUGUUUGGCUCGUCUGCCCGAGAACUGUCCACUGAAGGGUGAUGCGCCGAGCUGUUUGCCCCAUUCGCCGGAAAAGUUAAAAAUCAUGGCAAACAUGAAAAGCACUGCCGAUCAUCUAGUGCGAGGCAUCAUGGACCUACGGAAAAAGAUUCACAUCGUGCAGGAUAAGCUGGAGCAUGAAGUGGCGCGCAAGAAGGAGAUGGAGAAAAAGUUGGCAGAACUGCGGAAGGAGAUCUGCCGCCAUAACAAGUGUAUGCAGCAGCAGCAGCAACAGCAACAGCAUCAGCAGCAGCAGCACCACCAGCAACAGCAGCAUCACCAUCACCAACAGCACGGUCAUCACCAUCACCAUCAUCAUCAUCACACCGUGCCGGCCGGUGGCGGCGGCACUGGAGGACACGGUACGACGUCACUGCCGCCGAUUACGAAAAAUUGUAUCGCUACCAAAUAGCAGCGGGUGAAUUCCGAAAGCGUCAAGCCCGAUCGACACCAGUGUCCGCACGGGAAGUACAUCAAGCUGCCGAGAGCAACGUCCAACACGACAUCGUGAUAUCAUCACGGUUAA